GGCUCCUGCACAUGCCAGGCGCUGACCGCUGCUCUUGGGACCCUAAGGGAAGUAGAGGCAGCAGAGGGUAACAGAAAUCUCAGGUCCCUCGGUGUUGGUGGACGAUGGGUGUGUAGUCGUGGUACUUCACGCCUUCGUGUUUGGGGCGGAGCCUAAGGUAAGGAGUCAGAAACGGGGAGUAACCAAGCUGCAGCUUUUAUAUAAGGUCAGUGGUAGGUAAGGAAGGGGCCAUUACCUCUGCUGGUGACCAGACGGCUGCAUUUCUGAAUUCUCCUUAAUUCCCAUUACUUAGAUUUGAAAGAAGACAACACUAAACCACAAAUAUACAACAAGAAGGCCAUUUUCUCAAACAAUAGUCAGCCUUUAACAUGUUUCAGGAUGAUUCUUGUCCCUGGAUGUCAGCUGUCAUGAUGGGAGAGGAAUUGGUAAAUUCCCAGAAAUUACCAUGGUUGACACAGAGAUGCCAUUCUGGCCCACCAACUUUGGGAUCAGCUCCGUGGAUCUCUCCGUAAUGGACGACCACUCCCACUCCUUUGACAUCAAGCCCUUCACUACUGUUGACUUCUCCAGCAUUUCUACUCCACACUAUGAAGACAUUCCAUUCACAAGAGCAGAUCCGAUGGUUGCAGAUUAUAAGUAUGACCUGAAACUUCAAGAGUACCAAAGUGCAAUCAAAGUGGAACCUGCAUCUCCACCUUAUUAUUCUGAGAAGACUCAGCUCUACAGUAAGCCUCAUGAAGAGGCUUCCAACUCCCUCAUGGCAAUCGAAUGUCGUGUCUGUGGAGAUAAAGCUUCUGGGUUCCACUACGGAGUUCAUGCUUGUGAAGGAUGCAAGGGUUUCUUCCGGAGGACAAUCAGAUUGAAGCUUAUCUAUGACAGGUGUGACCUUAACUGUCGGAUCCACAAAAAAAGUAGAAAUAAAUGUCAGUACUGUCGGUUUCAGAAAUGCCUUGCAGUAGGGAUGUCUCAUAAUGCCAUCAGGUUUGGGCGGAUGCCACAGGCCGAGAAGGAGAAGCUGUUGGCGGAGAUCUCCAGUGAUAUCGACCAGCUGAACCCAGAGUCUGCUGACCUCCGGGCCCUGGCAAAACAUUUGUAUGACUCAUACAUAAAGUCCUUCCCGCUGACCAAAGCAAAGGCGAGGGCGAUCUUGACAGGAAAGACAACAGACAAAUCACCAUUCGUUAUCUAUGACAUGAAUUCCUUAAUGAUGGGAGAAGAUAAGAUCAAGUUCAAACACAUCACCCCGCUGCAGGAGCAGAGCAAAGAGGUGGCCAUCCGCAUCUUUCAGGGCUGCCAGUUCCGCUCGGUGGAGGCUGUGCAGGAGAUCACAGAGUAUGCCAAAAGCAUUCCUGGUUUUGUAAACCUUGACUUGAACGACCAAGUAACUCUCCUCAAAUAUGGAGUCCACGAGAUCAUUUACACAAUGCUGGCCUCCUUGAUGAAUAAGGAUGGGGUUCUCAUAUCCGAGGGCCAGGGCUUCAUGACAAGGGAGUUUCUAAAGAGCCUGCGAAAGCCUUUUGGUGACUUUAUGGAGCCCAAGUUUGAGUUUGCUGUGAAGUUCAAUGCACUGGAAUUAGAUGACAGUGACUUGGCAAUAUUUAUUGCUGUCAUUAUUCUCAGUGGAGACCGCCCAGGUUUGCUGAAUGUGAAGCCCAUUGAAGACAUACAAGACAACCUGCUACAAGCCCUGGAGCUCCAGCUGAAGCUGAACCACCCUGAGUCCUCUCAGCUAUUUGCCAAGCUGCUCCAGAAAAUGACAGACCUCAGACAGAUUGUCACAGAACACGUGCAGCUCCUGCAGGUGAUCAAGAAGACAGAGACGGACAUGAGUCUGCACCCCCUCCUGCAGGAGAUCUACAAGGACUUGUACUAGCAGAGUCCUGAGCCACUGCCAACAUUUCCCUUCUUGUAGUUGCACUAUCCUGAGGGAAAAUCUGACACCUAAGAAAUUUACUGUGAAAAAGCAUUUUAAAAAGAAAAGGUUUUAGGAUAUGAUCUAUUUUAUGCAUAUUGUUUAUAAAGACACAUUUACAAUUUACUUUUAAUAUUAAAAAUUAUCAUAUUAUGAAAUUGCUGAGAGUA